AGGGCUCGGACAUGGCGAGGCAGCGCGCCGGCCAGAGCGGCGGGGCCCGGUGAUCCCUCCCUCCCCCCGUCCCCUCCCCUCUCCCGUACGCACACCCCGUCCGCCCCACCCCGCCCCCACCCUGGGCGCGCCCGCAGCCCAGGGCGCACACCCGCACGCACGCUCCGCUCCACACACUCACGCACUCCCGCGCCUCGCCGGCUCCCACGGUCGAGCUCCGCCACGCGCGCCUUGCCAGCCCGCCGGCCGCCCCCGCCGCCCCCGCUGCCUCCGGGCCCCGAUGGACUGAAUGAAGGCUGCCUACACCGCCUAUCGAUGCCUCACCAAAGACCUAGAAGGCUGCGCCAUGAACCCGGAGCUGACAAUGGAAAGUCUGGGCACUUUGCACGGGCCGGCCGGCGGCGGCAGCGGCGGGGGCGGCGGCGGGGGCGGCGGCGGGGGCCCGGGCCCUGAGCAGGAGCUGCUGGCCAGCCCCAGCCCCCACCACGCGGGCCGCGGCGCGGCUGGCUCGCUGCGGGGCCCGCCUCCGCCUCCGCCAACGGCUCACCAGGAGCUGGGCACGGCGGCAGCGGCGGCGGCGGCGGCGGCGUCGCGCUCGGCCAUGGUCACUAGCAUGGCCUCGAUCCUGGACGGCGGCGACUACCGGCCCGAGCUCUCUAUCCCGCUCCAUCACGCCAUGAGCAUGUCCUGCGACUCGUCCCCGCCCGGCAUGGGCAUGAGCAACACCUACACCACGCUGACGCCGCUCCAGCCGCUGCCUCCCAUCUCCACCGUGUCGGACAAGUUCCACCACCCGCACCCACACCACCACCCGCACCACCACCACCACCACCACCACCAGCGCCUGUCGGGCAAUGUCAGCGGCAGCUUCACCCUCAUGCGCGACGAGCGCGGGAUCCCAGCCAUGAACAACCUCUACAGCCCCUACAAGGAGAUGCCGGGCAUGAGCCAGAGCCUGUCCCCGCUGGCAGCCACGCCGCUGGGCAACGGGCUGGGUGGCCUCCACAACGCGCAGCAGAGCUUGCCCAACUACGGGCCGCCGGGCCACGACAAAAUGCUCAGCCCCAACUUCGACGCGCACCACACUGCCAUGCUGACCCGCGGCGAGCAACACCUGUCCCGCGGCCUGGGUACCCCGCCCGCGGCCAUGAUGUCGCACCUCAACGGCCUGCACCACCCGGGCCACGCUCAGUCCCACGGGCCAGUGCUUGCGCCCAGCCGCGAGAGACCACCCUCGUCCUCCUCUGGCUCGCAGGUGGCCACAUCGGGCCAGCUGGAGGAGAUCAACACCAAAGAGGUGGCUCAGCGCAUCACCGCCGAGCUGAAGCGCUAUAGCAUCCCACAGGCGAUCUUCGCGCAGAGAGUGCUGUGCCGGUCUCAGGGGACUCUCUCCGACCUGCUCCGGAACCCAAAACCGUGGAGUAAACUCAAAUCUGGCAGGGAGACAUUCCGCAGGAUGUGGAAGUGGCUUCAAGAGCCGGAGUUCCAGCGCAUGUCCGCCUUACGCCUGGCAGCGUGCAAACGCAAAGAGCAAGAACCAAACAAAGACAGGAACAAUUCCCAGAAAAAAUCCCGCCUGGUGUUCACCGACCUCCAACGCCGAACACUCUUUGCCAUCUUCAAGGAGAACAAACGCCCAUCCAAAGAGAUGCAGAUCACCAUUUCCCAGCAGCUGGGCCUGGAGCUCACGACUGUCAGCAACUUCUUCAUGAACGCCCGGCGCCGCAGCCUCGAGAAGUGGCAAGACGACCUGAGCACAGGGGGCUCCUCAUCUGCCUCCAGCGCUUGCACCAAAGCGUGAUGGAAGGACUCAGUUGGGCACAAGUCACCUCCAAGUGAGGACAACAGACACCAAAAGAAAACACAAAGGAAAAAGACACCGGAAUCUUAGCUGGGGCCCUUCACUGGUGAUUUGAAAGCACAAUUCUUUUGCAAAGAAACUUCUAUUCUAGCUGUAAUCAUAGGCCAGGUGUUCUUUUUUGUUUUGUUUUUAAUGGCUGUGGAGUCUAAGUGCAAGCUGAAAAUUAACCUCUUUGAACUGGACAUUGUCCUCUGAGCAUGCUAAGCAUCCCAGAAACCAAAUGGGGCCCUCCUGGAGUGAGUUCAUUUCAGUGCGGUGUCAGCCAAGCUCAGGAUUGCUUAAAAUGUCAACAGUUUCUCUUUGAGUCCUGUCAGUCUCUUGCAGUCAGAGUUCCCAUAAGUCACAGUGGGAAUUCAGUCUGUGUAAGGCUCUCUGAGUUUGGGCUCCAACAAGAGAACGAUCUAGCAACAAGAAUGACCUCAUUUGCUUUCCAAGUGCUUAGCCUCAACAUACCACAGUACACCAAAGUUCACAGGCAUUACAUUAAAAAAACACCAGAAUGAUAAUUACGAGCACAAGUUUUAAAUACAGAAGUUAAAAAAAUAAAUCCAAGGACAUGGUUUUCCAACUCAGGCAUCUUUUCAUCAAAUGGUUUAGAAAGCUUUAAGUUGAUCCAGUUUACAGUUUUCUUUUCCUUACCUCCUGAAAAUCUCACGUGGUCUUGGAUCCAUCAAAAAAAAACCAAAAUCAAAUCAGUGCACUUGAGCUCAAAGUAUCAAGCACAACGUAGGUAAACAGAGAAGGAAGGUUCUGGAUUCACUGCAUCUGGAUUUUCAAGACACCGACUGUGAAGUCAUUAGGGAAUCAUUGGGAAUAUGGCUUCAAGCACAUUUUGCAGUUUGCUACAAAUUCUGUUUGUACAUAAAGCAGACGCACACUCAGGAGGCCAAUUUAACUGUUACGGUACAUGGAGCAAAUGCAGCAUUUUAAAAGAUCUAGAUUUUUUUAGAUCAUUAAUGUAUCCUUCUUGAUUAUUAGUCACCUGGUUCCUCCUAUUGUGCAUUAUGACUGCCACAUAUUUCAUUUGUACUUUUUCAGAUUUCAGUUGUUUCCUCAUCCAUGCCACUGAUAGGGACAUUUUUCAGUGUUUUCUAGCAAGAAAAAAAUAACUCAGACCACCAUAUGUGUUACUCAUGACUGUCAUCUAUUCCUAAAUCUCUUCCAUUGUUGAAUCAUCCUUGCAAAACAGCUGAAUAAAUCUGGAGAAAACACAGCACACCAAAGAAGCAGAAUACUGCAAACCAAAGACAUUUAUUACUUGCCAUUUUCUAGCCUAAAAUUACUGUGAUUACUUUUAGAAAUCAGAAAACCUCUGCAACUCCAAAUGGCAUUUCAGCUCUUGCAUUUGGCUCACCAUUGGGCUGAGCAGACCAGCUAUGCCAAGGACAUUAGCCAAGCCACCCAGGGAGUGGCUUUGCCACGCCAGCUCUGGUUCCUGGCUAUCACCUUCCCACAGCAAGUGGAAGUGCGCUCACAGAACUCUGGGAGAUUGCGAAGGUCACGAUGUGCAUAUUUACCAGUGAAUGGCCCCAGGUGGGCACCGUGGAGGUGUUCAAAGCAAGCCAAACGCUGCAAUGAUUCUUUACAGACACUUGAGACUGACUUUUUUAUGAAUUACUUAAUCGAAACCAAAGAAACUUUUUCUGCACCUACUUCUGCAACAAACAAAACUGUUCCAUUAAAAUGAAUAAAUAAAUACGUAAAUCAAUGAAAAUCACCACCACCAAGAAGGAAGCACGCCAGAAAAAAACAAAAACCCAAAAAACAGCGAGACAUACUGUGUUCAGACCUCUUGGGACAUUUUUUGGAAGCAGAUUUUAAAGAAAGGGUUGAGACAAGAAUAGAAAUAAGGAAAAGCCACAGUGGCUGCUGCUUCAUUUGACAACUCAAGCGGUAAUCUUAAAGUUGAAGAUUGUCUUUAAUUUGUGCCUAUGCAGUUUUUUCAAAAGAACACGGAACAGAGCAACAGAAACCUCAACAGCUACAAUACCAAAGAUGAGGAUUUCUCACAUCUUGUGUUUCAGUUCAUUAUCUCCUCUUGUCUGGCUAAAAUACUAAUAGCGCCAUUGAUCUUUGUAAAGGUAAUCAAUUUAGUUUCUGAGCAACAAAAAGGAAAGGGUCAUUUAUGUGAUUUUACUGUUUCCCUUUAAUUUUGUUUUAUGGCUUUCUACCCCAACAUGGAAUCUCUCCAAAGGUUCCAUGGGCUGCAAAUUUAAGAUGUUGGGAUACUGAAAGAUUCUCUCCUCUCUGCUCCUCAGAGUGUAGUGAAUUAUAUUGUCACGUGAAUGUCCUUUUUUUAUCCCUUAGACUUGGUCCCUUCUGUGUUCAGUCUCAUCAUCAGGGGAGGGGAGGGGAAUGAGGGUCAGGGCUGGGGGUCUGCUGACGCAUCCUCUCCAGAGCCACAGAACCAAAGAGUUUAUAGAGGGAUUGACAGCCUCGUCUUCAUGUGAUUGCUAAAUACUAAUGGCUUCAUCUGGGGGUGGGGGAAACAUGUAAAAAUAAUUGCCAGUUUCUACUUUUCUAUUCGCUUUUUAAAAAUCAGCUGUAAAGUUGCAUUUCUAAAGAAAGAUAUAUAUAUAUAUAUAUAUAUAUAUGAAUACGUAUAUAGAUACAACUUGACACUGGUGAUCACCCAAAAUUACUGCUGCCCAAAUUCAUGUCUUGUUUCUGUCAAGUGCUUCAUUAAGUAUUCAGUUCAAAAGUGUGCUCAUUUCUCAUGCCAGCCCAGAGUUCAUUUGCCACUGUGGAUGAUUUGAGAUAUUCAGAUUUCUGUGAAAAUUCCUGGGAAAGGUUGAAAGUCAAGCACUUCAACAUUUAACCUGUUGUUAAGUGGAUCCAUGGGGCAAAUGAGUUAUUUGUAUUUGGCGUCAUCUCUAUUCUACGCCUCAAUCAUGAUCAAGGUGGUUAGUGAAGUCCAUCCACCAGAUGUGACCCAGAACUGGGCCAGGCCCAGUCGGGUGCUCAUCCUCUGGCUGCUGGGAAGGCUCAGCGGUCCACUCCCCCCAGUGAUGGAGAUGAGGCCGGCCCAGAAAUCUGUUCUCCAGGAGCUGCCCUGGCUCAUCAGGGUGUUCCAGACUCAGUGAGUAGUUCAUGAGUAGACCCACCAAAUGGGCUUCUCAUAGGGGAAGUCCAGCUCCUGUUGCAAUGGCCGAUCAGGUUUCCUCCAGGUGGUGAUUACCAAUUCAUGUAGACAGGCCUGUGUGCAGCCGCAGGAGGCAGUGGAGUGAGGCAGUGGUGUUGGUGCAGGGGGCCUGGGGCAGGGGCUGGGAGGUGGGUGUCUCAAUCCCAGAUAGAGAACACAAAGCAUAUGGGGUGAAUCCCAGAGCCCUGGCCUUGGGAUCCCCAGUGUCCAUUGUGUCACUCCCUUGCUCCCACCAUGUGGGUCUCCCCUCGCAGAGGCAGCAGUCAGGGGGCUGUGACAGAGUGUGACUCUCUGUGGCUUUUGUAGUUCAUCCUGCCUGGGGAUGUUCCCUGACUUUCCCUGUGUCCCUUUGUGUUUUACUCUAUGUCUCCUUUGUCAAAUGACCAAGAAAAGAGCAUAUUUCAGCAGGGGUUCACUCCAUAUGGAUUGAUAAAAGUGAAUUUAAACUUGGGUAUUUCUAAAUGAAUCCUUGUGACUUGUGACCAAUGGAAAUGAUUGUUCUCGAAAUUGGACCAAAGACCCAAGCCUGCAUGGUUGGGUUAGUGAUGGUUUGGCAUACCAAUCUCAGCAUUUGGGUCUCUGGCACCCUUGGAAGAUGUCUAAACCAAAAGAGGCUGUCUUUGUGGUCUGAGAUUUCAGCACUGAUCAAACCAGGAAUAAGUCACGUACACCCUCAGUGUUCUUGGUGACCUGAGGACGAUGUCAUAACGUAAGAAGGGCAAGAACUUCCCUCCAAGGACUUUUGAUAAAUGUCUUAUACCAGAUUAUGUUACACCAGACAGAAGUGCUUACUUUUAAAAAAUUAUUUGUGUGCAUAUAUAAAUAUAUGUGCAUCUCUAUGUUUAUGUCUCAAUUUUAAGCCCUAUGGGAUUUCAGUUUGUUAAAAAUCUGAAUGAAAAAAAACCCCUGAAAAUGGAAAGGUAAUAGAAUUUGACCCAGGGAGUUUCCUCAGGAUUUUUCAAAAUUUAUUUUAAGUUAAUAAUUUCAGAGAAAAGAACCAUUUGGACUUGGUUAUAGUUUAAGAUCCAUUUCCUCAACCCAAGAAAAUUCUAGGCACACAUCAGCCAUCAGCAAUGAAGGGGACUAUGUGAAGAGAGAGUUCUGAACCAAAAUUCAGAUUCUUGAGGAAAGAAAUCCAAAAGCUACUGAAUGGAAACACACUUUUCGUUAACCCUUUAGGUAAAUAAGUUUGCUUUGCUUUUGUUUUCAAUGUGAUUUUGGCAAAGGGGAUAUAAUUUUUUCAUUCUAGGAAAUUUUUAAGAAGAGCCAAUAUAUUUCAUUUUUAAAGGAAAACAGCAACAACAAUAAAAACUCAACCCCGACAUUGAAAGGCUUUUCCAAAAUGUAAAACAGUGUGCAGUUUGUAGCACUUAAAAGUACAGGCAAGAAUGAGCCAUGAAGGACCCAAUGUGACACUUUCUCUAGAGAGAUCAGAUCAUCAUCAUUGUAGAAACCCUUUUCCCACAGGCUCUUGGCAAUGGUGGGCUUAGAAAAUUAAAGGUUAUUUUCAUUUCUAGCUCAAAUAAAAUCACAUUGAGGAAGGUACAUCUGAUACACACACACACAUAUACCCCUACACAUUUUUGUAACUCAUACAAUGUAUCUCAAUGCCAAAUAUAAAUAUCUUUUAGAUGAUCAACCAUUUUAUCUUACACUAUGCUGGAUGCCCACCUAUUACACCUAUUAGUGCCAAUAAAUUAAAGCUGAAGAGAUUUUUUUUUUUUUUUUUACUAUCACUACCACCUGGGUACAGGUGGUACUGUCCUACUUUUGACAAGAUUUGUGGUUACCUCUUUCAGGAGGUUUUAUAGUAGGAAUUUAAAAAGAAAAAAACAUAAAACAACAGGCUAGAUUCUAAUGUUGCUGAAGAAUAAUGGACUAUAUUUAAAGAAGAAAAGAAUAUAUGUGGUCAAGUUUGACCUCAAGGCCUAGACACAAGUACAGGAAGGUAACUAUCAUGGUCUCUAAGUGAUUGGAGCUUUUUGCAGUUGAUGCCAAUGCUGUGAUUCAGACUCGUUAGCCUCACCAGGAAGGGUGAGUGGGAAGAAGGUAGAAAAAGAAGGGGUAAUACCUUCCUGACAUUUAUCUGGAAGACUGGAUAGUCUACUAAUUUUGUGCAUUUAGCUAAGACCAAGUCACCUAAAAAACCACAGAAGAUUCUAGUUUUCAAAUAAGGCCACAAAAUCCUUAGUAGAGGAGAAGGGGUCCCCAUUUGUUGUAUGUCUUAUAAUUUAAUGACAUGGGCUUUAAAUAGGGACACCCCAAUGCCUAUUUUCUACCCAUGAUUUGUUUCUUUCCAAGGGUGGGGUGGGGCAUGCAAUUUGAGAAAAUCUCAGAAUGCAUUAUAAAUACAAAAUUUAUUAUUAAAAUCAUAUAGAGCCUCAUAAAGGUAGACACAAAGCUUAUUAUUGAGGCUGACAUGAAUCCCACAGGGACUAGAAAUGUUCAUUGUUCUCAAAUACCACAGUGACUCUAAGGCGAGUUAAAGCUAGAGCCCAAGCUUUCCUUAUAGGUUUUUGAGUUUGGUUCACUGAAACUGACCAGCUAAUACAGUGGAGAAAAUAUGUGUAGGAAAAAAACACAUUGCUAAAGGUUUGUUCAUUCCACAAAGUCUUCCAAUCUGUUCCAUCUUUAGGAGCAGGCACUUCACUUAACAUAAACUUUGGCAGCUAAGUUUGCCUAAAGCUUAUACAGUCUGUCAGUUUGGAUGUAUACAAAUUUAGAUACAUCUUUCAACAUGUAUUCUCAUAGAUGUCCUUAUAGCAACACACAUUACCUAUGGGUGUCUAGACUGUGCACAGACACGUGUGCACAGACAUCUCCAUAUAUACUGUCAUCUAUUACAAUAAAUACAUUUUAAAUUAUCAUUUAACAUGUAUGUGGUACUUCUACGAUGUACAUCGUUUUCAUUAUUUAUUGUAACAUUGAAAACUAAAGUGCAGGGGGAAAAAAGUGUCUCAGCAUCUUCGUUGUGUACACUUGGGAUUACUUUCCUUUGGGCACAUCCAAGAUAAACUCAACUUUCAAGAAACCUUGGAUAUUAUUUAAUCAUCUGUAUAAGAAUGACACAUGCUUGAUGAUUUCGGUUGAAUAGCUUUAUUCUGGAUCUCUCAUAACUAAAGCUAAAUCCAAAGACCUGAAAAGGGACAAAAAAGAAAAAAAACAAAAAGGGGGGAAAAAUAGCAAAGGAAAGUGCAAACUAAUAGGGAAAAAGUGGGCUCUGGUUUCCAGGGUUGAGACAAUGGUGACGUGGUAUUGUGGGGGCUGUGCUAGCUAUAGGGGAGGGGGUGGUUUCAUGCUUGUCACAUCUAAAUAGUCUUUAUGAAUGUGAGAAAGUAUUGGAGGUUAUAAUUUCCUGCUUUAUUUUAGACUAUCAAAAGAGGCUACACAUUUUGAUCAUCAAAAAAUGAAGACAGUCAAAAGAAACAUAUUUUUUUCUUGUCAUGUUGGGUUAUGACCCAGCAAGCAGAGUACCAUUAAUGUAAUUAAUUUCUUUAAAUUAGCUUCUAGCACACAAAUGUAUAGGAUUUGGGUAAUUAUUUAAUCAUCCUCCCUUAGUUUGAUUUUACUCCUGUGCUUAUUUAUCAAAAUCUAGACCCAUGAUGCAUCAUAGAUGCAAAACCCCUUUUAGAAUUCUUUUGAAGUUUAGUUUGCUUUAUAAAGCAAUGAAAUUCUGUUACAGACAGGGAAAAAAUACAGGUUACAGAAAAAAAAAAUCAAGGUAUUUUUCCUUCUUAAAUUAACUUUGAAGAUAGUUUAAAUAACAAUUAUUAAAUUAUUUAAUUUAAGUUCACAGCCCCACCUGGCACCAGGUGAACUUCACCUUUUAAUUACUGGGGCCCUCAGAGCCUCCAUAUUGUAACUUAUUUAUUUAACUUAUUCAGCAUCUGUGAAAGGUGCACUGUAUAGUUUCUGGUUUUUAUUUAACACAACAGAGAGCACUGCAGUUUAUUUGCUGUCAGAACAACAGAGCAAAGUUGGUGGACAAGCAAUGACUAUUCAACCUGAACCUGUAUAUUCAGAAAACAUAAGCCGAGACCCUGCUUCACCAGCCUGGAUUUCGGGGCUUCUAUACAGAAACUGGAAACAUUAAUUUAAAAAAAAAUCAUAACAGCAAAAAGAGAGAAACCCUUACACUAGCUGCUUCCAAGAAUGAACUCUGUGCGUAUGUAAAACAAAACAGAAAAGGAAAAAAAAAAAAAAGCAGAAAAAAGAAAAAAAAAAAAAAGGAAAAACUUUCUAUUUCUAGUGAGAACCAAAGAAGGCUACCUCACUGACUUUUUCCAUUUGUAAUUUUCAUCGUGUUGAUGACACCAAAGAUACCAAAGAUUUCUUUCUCUGUGCGCGGUCUGCAUCUUGCUUCUGCUCUUUUAUAAUUUGAACUAUUCUCUCUGGCAUAUGGUAUGUACAGCCACAGCUCAGAUACCCCAAAGAAAUAAUUAUCUAUGCGACAGCGGCUGCUAGUUUGGAAAGGGAUAUUUUCUGUGUUUCUCUCAUUUGUUUGCUGUCCCCUCCACAUGUUCAGGAUGCAAGUUCAAAUGCUGCUGUAAUUGGAUUCCUUAAAUUCCAAUUCCAAAUUGGUGAGGAAGACUGGUUGGAAGUGGCCUUUGGUCCUAGCCACAACCUCCUUUCCUACUUCGGAGCUAUCACAGUGAAGAUUUCCAGCUACUGGACCGUAGAAACUCUAACCACUAAAUAGUAGAGCUGGAAGGGACCUUACAAAUCAUUUAGUCCAACCCCCGGGGGCCUGGAGGAGUGAAAUAGUUACCCCAAUCAAAUAACCCUCUAGAGGCAAAGCCCACAUCAGCCUCCACCUGCUUUCUGCUCCAGGGCUGUACCCACUGGCCAGUGCCAACUCUGCAUGAGAUGGAGAAGAAGAAGGUGGCAAUCCUUUAGCAAUGAGUAGGGCCUGGGGCUUAUUACUUAGGACUUUAACUCUAUAUAAAAAAAAUAGUCACAGAGAUUUCCAUGCCUGUCUAGUUAGAACCUCAGCAUAAAGUCACAUAUGAUCAGUUGCUGGUAAAGGUGACCAGCCUCGAAAUAUUAGGGCUCGUAGAAGAGUUUUUGCCCUGAAGUACACAUUGAUCCAGGGUGACCACUGUUAAAGCUUCCCAUUACAUAGUCUUGUAUAUAUAAGCUUUUAACUCAGCGAGGAGAGAAAGUUCAUUCUUGGUUUGUUGAGUUUAAUUAUGGAUAUUUUUUGGUCAGCACUUAUCAGAGAAAGGGAAUUUGAUUCCCUUUUAUUUUUUAAGCUGCUCAGCUUUUUCCAUUUUUCUGUUAACUUGUAGGUGUUUAUAUUUCAUUUCUAGAUCUACUCUAUUUAUGAGAGAAGUUUAAGGCUUACAUCAUUAGUUGCUAAAGUAUAAUGCAUCACUGUAAACACAAAAGAUGACCCCAAAAUUUCAGAGGAAUAGAUAAUUCCAGUUUAAGCAAUGAUCACUUAACGUUGCUUCUCUAUUCCCUUUGUACUCAUGAAAUUAAUUGGUCUUCUUUAAGUUUCUUUUAAUUCCAUUAAAUGAUUAAAUCGCUAUUAAGAUCGAUUCAUCAGUGAUUUGUCUGCUCUCCAAUGAAUCAUUCUCAGCUUUGACCAAAUGGGUUUAAGACAUAUGUGAAGAUCCAUCUCUAGCCUGUCUAGCUCUUUGUUAGUAUUAGUAUUUUUAACUUCCCAUAAUAUAAUUAUCUUUGAGCUUUUUAGGAGACCACUUAGACAAAGAAACUAAGAAGGGAAAAGACUGAUUAACUCAUCCAUCCCAUGCAUCCACAGACAGAGUGUAACUAGUAGAGGAAUUAAGAAGACAUUAACAGAUUUCAGGGAACACUCACGCAUCCCCUUUCUGUAGUUUCCAAGCACCAUACUGAAAUAUGUGAAAGUUCUCUCCCGUCCUCACACACCCAAGGCUCCAUCUUCCCGCUAUACACAAGGCAAACGUGUAAGGCCUUCCUUCCAAACAGCAAAUUGCUUUGGUUUUCUUCCCAAAUUCCUAUUGGAAACAUAAUUCUCAAAUCAUUGAUCAGCAGAGUGCUCCCCUUGAAGCAAACUUCACCUUCUCCUGCCUUCUUACCACCAAGCAAAAGGGAGCUAGAGGGAGCAAUGGCAGCCUGAACACAGAAAGCAUCCCUGAUUGGCAGACCCCUCCUCUGCAAUCCCCCCACCCAGCCUCAUGCUUCACUUGCAAAGUGUGACAUAACCGUGGGACGAGUGCCUUGCUUGAACCAAAGCAAUGAUUUAGCCAGUCUGGACCUCUCUGUGCUUUUUUUAAUCCUUCCUGUGAAUACCUCAGCUUCAACUGGGCCUCCAUAUGAUAAAUUGGUGGGCUUAUUGUACUGUGGUGCUUUGCGAUGCAACCCUGCAAAGAACAAGAUUUGUACUAAUACCAAAGGUUCUUUCUCUAUGUCUCCUUCUGUCUCCCCUGUUCUCCCCCCUUUUCUAGUUCUUCAUGGUUCCAAAGCUUUAAUACGAACCUGGGCAUGUUGGCAAUGCAGACCGCGCAAUUCCUUACCGAAUUUUCUCAGAUAUACCUCAUAGAUAAUAGUGUUUAGAGUAAUGUUAUUAUAGCGUAUGUAAUAAAUUAUUCACUGUUUCUUUUGGUAACUGUGAUUUAAAAAAAGAAAAAAAGAAAAAAAAAGCUUUAUACGUUUUAGGUUGUGCUUUUGUAAUAGAAGAAAAGGUGCGCUUAAAAAAAAAUGUAUGUUCCUUUUUUUUUCCCCUUAGGAUUUUAUUUAUUCUGGAUUGGGGAAAGUUGCAGAAUGAGCCCAAAGUUUACAGUUUCAUAUUUUGCUGAAGAAACAAUCUGUGUUCAUUUGCUCUGUUGAAAAGAAAAUUAUUUUCUACAUUUGUGCUACUUGGUCUGAACAAUGAAUUGUUCUGUGUUAACAGUGUAGUAUUAUAAUUAGCAGCUGCCGAUCAGUGCUAUAAUUUUAUGCAUGAGGCUAAAAAUUUAGCAGUGUGAUGCAUUGUGGUCUUAAUAGCAGCAUUUUUCAUUUUGAACUAGAUCUUCCCCUUUGGUUCAGUGGAUUUUAUUUAUGCAUGGGUGCCGACCGUUUGUUAGCAGUUGUGAACAGUUGUGUAUACAUUAAACUGUGAAGAUGUACACAGUUCAGCCUCAGACAGUGGUCACAUUGGUUUUAUUGGGAGAUGUCUCGCCUCGAAAAUACCUUUACAUCUGUUGGGAUUUCAAAAUGAGUCAGACUGAAUCGAGUUCAAAUCCUAUGAAAAAAAAGGUCAUUCCCAGUUUGAGUUAGGCAGCGUGCAUUCCACAAGUUGGGAUCCUCAUUGCUGUAUCCCUAUAUGUAAGAGGGCUUUGGAAACAAGCACUGAAACACAGCUCAACUCUGCAUUUUUGAUUUCCACAAAGAAGGAAUCAUUCCGGCUUUAUGUUCGUGACCCCAGUCCUAACUGGCCGUGUAGGUGGAGAUGCGAAUUCAGCCCUGGAUCCAGCCUCUCCUGGAUCCCUGCUUGGGAGCAGCCGCUUUGACUGUGUUUGAGUCCUUCUAAUAUUUUGUUGCCAGGUCAACUCCCAGUAGAAACCCAAAUGGCAUCAGUAGCAACAAUUAUUCUCUGACUUAUUGGCCCUUUCUCAUGGACAGCUCUACCAACUGUCCCAGUGAUUCAGGCAACAAUGCACAGCCGUGCCUCCAACAUCACCUGGGCAGCCACAUCCCAGCUCUUCCCCACUAAAGUCAGACCUGACUCUAACUUACACUUUCGCGCCCAAGAACGUUACAUCUAUUCGAAAGGGGGUAAAAGAAGUUUUGAAACCCAGCUUAGGAAAACCGUCUCGGUUUAAACUCCCCAAUCAUCUGAGGCCUCUAGAUCUCAAAAAGUAUUUUUCAGUUGCAGUGGAUGAGUAAACUUGUUCUUACUUACAUCUGUGUUCAGAUACCCAUUCUCAAGUUUCAUAACCUAUUUCCCAAACCAGUAUGCUUGACAUAAAGCCAAAUCAACUGCCAAACACACUUUAUUUUGCCUAGGAGGGUGUAGUAAACAGUGACAGGAAAGCCACAGUCUGCUAUGCAAAAUACUGGAAAUCACUAACAAUAGAACAAUUGGGAAUGUGCUUUCAUUAAGAAUACCAAGAAACAUAUUUUUAUUUGGCCUUAUAAAGCAGAUGGUGAUAAUGAAAGCUUUGUAAUAUAUAGUCUUUUUAAUUUUUCCCCUAAUUAGUCUGCCAAAGACGGGAAUGGAUACAAGAAUUUUAAGUCAGCUUUUGUAAGACAGUUAAUGAUUGUAAUAGUGUUUAAUCUUCCACAAAACUUUAUAUGUUCUUCCGCAAUAAACCAAAUCAAUAUUUGUUUUGGUAAAGUUCUCCUCACAUUCACAAAUCCACAAACUAUUCCUCCUGAUGCACAUAUUAGAGUAUCUACUGAGUUCAAGUGCAUUUUCGGUCCAAAGUAAACAGGAGUGUCUGAGACAUGAGUGUGCCCAGCCCUUUUUAUUACAAGCCAUGCAUGGGUCUGGCUCACUAGGGUUUGCCAAGACUUGUCUUAUGAAACUGGAGGUGUAUUUUGUUAUGCCAUUUUAUGUCCUUUCACUUUUUUUUUAAUUUUGUGGAAAGUGAUAUGUCGAAUCAAGUAUGAGCUGAGUUUUCCAAACAACGAAAGUAGCUACAUCCUAAAUGUCAUUUUGUUAUUAAAGGGUUUUGACUCAAUGCUUUGUGCCGGUGGAUGUCCUUUUCCUUGGAGACCCAGGACUAUGGAACUACCUCAGCGUGGCCCAGACUUCACUCCUGAUCUCUUGGGGGAAUGCGGGGCUGUUCUGGGGAACUGAAGGUCCUGGGCUGGAAGGUAGAAGUCGGCGCUAGGAAAAGACCUCCAUGACAGCUUUAAAGAGAGCUGGGCCCAAACUUUCUGACCUCACUCUCUCUUGACCCCGAUGUUUCUCUGAGAUUCACUGGCCUUGAGCACAUGCCAGCAUGAAGGCAGACCCCAAUUCUUACAGGAAAGACAAGGAAGAUAAAAUAGCAAUCCCGAAUUUUCUGUGGUCCGCUAGGCACUCACCUUUCCCCAGGCUGGGCUCCCCCAGCCAAGGCUCUGGGUGGCCCUUCUGACUGGCUUUACCUGUGCCGUCACUGGAGGUGACUUCCUCCACCUUGACAACUGCAAAGGGUCCAGGUCCCCACAGACCAGGGGGGCUCCUUCAGAUCAGAAUCCCCCUUACCUAACUCUUCCUCUGCAUUCCAGUUUAGCUAUUUUAUUUGUAACUGUUGCAGGUGACUAUUUGGAAAACAAAGGUAUGGAUGGCUUUUUCUGUUACUUUGUUUAUAAUUUUUGUUUCACUUACUCCCAGUUCUUUGAUUUGGAAAAAAUACACUAGGGAAAUGGAGACCCCACGCCCUCUCUGUGCCUCGCUCCUCCUGCCGGAGACCCUGCACACUGCCCGUGCUAUCGAUCUUUCUUGGAGGACAGCUGUCAAGCCACCCAAGAUCAGGGCCCACAGUGCCUACUCUACCUCUGUUUGAAAAGUUCUAUUCAGAAAUCACAGAACUUGGGGUUGUUCCCUGUCUCCCUUUCUUUGACUCAAUUUGACAUUUAGCUAAGAGUCAGUUUACUGUCUAGGAAAGUUUUUCAGAGUAUAACAGGGAACCUGCUACCUGGAAGAAAGGCUGAAAAUUCAAAGCCUAUUCGAUGGGUAGUCAUACCAUUAACAGAUACUUCCUUGAGGUUAUAAUACUAUUUCCUUUCUUCUGUAUUGUUUGGUGUUACAUAAGUCUAAAUGGUAUCUGCAAACUUCUUACCAUGACAGGUCAUAAAACACCUGGCAAAUUGGAAUUUCUGAGACAAGACGAUACCCUUUACACUGACAGAAUGAUAAAAGAACAUCUAACUUGACAAGCAGGGACCAAGAUAAUCUUAGCACUGGUUUAUUUUUUCAUGUGUAUCUCCAGUCACCAAGUCUUCUUUUUUCUACCUCAGUCCUAUAGCGGUUCACUCUCUUCUCUCUUCUCCCCACUGUCUAAGAUACCAAAGAACUUCAUGGGCAAAGAUCAUUAGAGACUGACCAACAUAUCAAUUUGUUCUCUUCUUUUUCUUGCUUUUCUCCAAGAAGCUGUUUUCCUGGACUGCAGAGAAAGAGCCUGGCCAAUUUUUUUCAUGCUUCCUGUUCUAAUAUUUCUACCCAAAUUAACAUUUUAUUAGUACAGGUACUAUAGAGUCUUUCUUGGUCAAUAAGCUCUUGCUACAGAAACUACCCUCCCCCCAAUUCCAAAGUGAGUGAGAACAAGUUCCAGUAUCUUUUCUUUCUUUUUUUUUUUUUCUUUCCAGAAUCGAGUCAGUCCUGGUUACCUUCUCACUUUAGACCCUGACCUCAGACAUGUUUACUUUGGGUAUUAAAAGCACCUUGUAUUUUCACAUGCUGGCCUGUUGGGCUUGAAUCCUUUCUUCCAAUCUAUUGGUUGCUUUAUGGUUUUAAAGUUGACUAAAAUGAGGGAAGGGAGGAAGAGAGAGAGAAAGAGAGAAGAAUCUGCCCCAGCUCUAUUUAAAGUUUUAAAAUGGACAGAAGAGAAUCAUUAAGUGAUGGGGAAAUAGCUAUAAAGUAAACAACCUCCUUCUCAGAGCCAUGCUCUGCCACAUGCUUCUGGGUCAGCUCUUCUAGAAAACCAGCCCUUUGAUAGAAAUCCAGCUACCUUUCAUAAGCCUCUGUCAAGAUUCCAAGAUGACAAGAGAUCAAAGAGUCACACACACACCUCUUGUUCUAUUUCCUUGCUUUUAUAGCUCUUAUCUCCAAGAAAACAUAGGGGAAAACUUAAAACUUUUAUUUUUAGUCAAUCCCUUUGACAUCACUCUCAUAUUUAAAAUCAGGAAAACACACCCCUAAAAUUUCCAUUCCCUUCUGUUUUGAAAAGACCCACACACUAGUUAAUCUACAUUCUCCUUUUCCUUUUACCCUGAGCAAUAUUUCCAAAGCAUAUUAUAACCCAGAUUUUGCACCAUCUCAUACAUGUUAAGUCAGACUGUGCUGAAAGAUUUUCAAGGGAUAGUCAACAGGGUCUAUUUUCAGUGGCUCCCCUGAAAUCCUGGCAGGGAUGAGGAUCACAGACCAUUACCAAGGGCUGCUCAACCCUCGAUAAGCUCCCAGUCCUUUGGAAGAUUUCUUUGAAUGUUAUUUGCAUUAUCAAUUUUGCUCAUUUGCUGCCCUGAUGUUUUGUCUGCAACAUUGCUUACACUGGAUUCUAUUUUUAUUCCUAUCAUUAAAUGGUAGUGCUGUAAAUUCUGCAAUUAAUGUCAAAUAAACUGCUUUCAUUCAU